CUUAAAUAAACCAACCCAAUUCCUCUUCUCCUGUAAUCUAUCUCCCGCCUGCUGUAUAUGCACUUGGAGCUCAAAAUGGAUGAUGCCAAGCGAAUUAGCUGCCAUUUUCUAGCAAUUAUCCUCAUCACUCUCCCCGUCUUUUGCUUAGCCGGAGGAGCCGGCAAGAAUUGCGACAUCUUCACCGGAAGCUGGGUGUUGGACCAGUCGCCGUACCCUUAUCUUUCCGACUACUCCCCCACCUGUCCCUUCAUACGGCCGGAAUUCGAUUGCCACAAGUACGGCCGGCCGGACCGGCAGUACCUCAAGUACAAAUGGCAACCCUCCGGUUGCAACCUCCCCAGAUUCAAUGCAAUUGGGUUUCUGAAGAAGAUGCAGGGGAAACAGAUCAUGUUGGUCGGCGACUCUGUGACGUUCAAUCACUACAACUCCUUGAUCUGCCUGCUCCACGCCGCCGUCCCCAAUUCCAACAUCUCCGCUGCCGACCCAUGGCGUUCCAUCUUAAAUUAUAUUUUUCAGGACUACGGAGUUACGGUGACGAUAUUUAUGAGCCACUACCUUGUAGACAUUGAGGAAACCAAAAUCGGGAGACUCCUGAAGCUUGAUUCCAUCAGUAGUGGUGAUGUUUGGAAACAGGCUGACGUGUUGGUUUUCAACACCGGUUUGUGGUGGUACGUUAAAGACGAUCGAAAAGGGUGGGAUUUCAUCCAAGAUGGUAACAACAUCGUCAAGGACAUGGACAGGACAACUGCACUCGCCAAAGCUUUGGCCACCUGGCGAAGAUGGGUAGACUCAACCGUCGAAGUCACAAAGACUAAACUAUUCUUCGAGGGUGUUUUCCCCGAUCAUCACCGUGGGUUGGAGUGGGGGAAGCCAGGCCGUCGCGACUGCUCAAGGGAGAAGGUACCGCUGGCCGGAUCGAGGUAUCCCGGAGGUCCGCCGCCGAUAGCCGGAGUGGUGGAAGGAGCGUUGAGGGAGGUGAAGAAGCCGAUCCAUUUCCUCAACGUGACGACGCUUUCACAGUUGAGGGUAGACGGACAUCCGGCGUCGUAUAGUGUAGGUCACGGCAUGGAUUGCACGCAUUGGUGUGUGGCCGGGGUCCCGGAUACAUGGAAUCAAAUUUUGUACCUAUUUUUGUUAGCUUGACGAAAAUCGUACAGUAGAAUAAUGUGUGUAGGGGCUUCAGAGUAUUGUUUAUAAUAAACUAGUUGUUGUUGGAAUGUAAUAUGUGGGUAAGGUAGGAAUGGACAUUAGGUGAGUUGGGCGGGUUUUCGGCGAAAAACUACUCAUCAGUACUCACCCACGCAACCACAAGUAAGCUAGUGAACGGAAAUUGAGUGGGGGUGUGCGAGUUAAUGCGGUUUAUUUCGGUGGUUUUGAGUGGGUAAAACAGUUUCAUAAGAUAGAAAACAAAUCUGGAGCAAAAUAAAUUCAUAACCAAACCUCAAUCCAAAAUAAUACCAUG